GAUACGGCCCUGGUCAGCAUGGCGCCGAAUGGGAGGGCCUUCCACGAGUUGUUCUCUUCUCUAGAUGUUGAUAUUGUACUCGGUACCAAAUAUCAUACUCUGUUUCGUAUCCACUCAUGGACGCUCAACAUAACAUCGGGCUGGUUUCGAUCUCUCUUUUCCAUGCCUCGG